GAUAUUGACGCCAACGGCAUUCUGAAUGUGUCUGCGGUGGACAAGUCGACAGGCAAGCAGAACAAGAUUACCAUCACGAAUGACAAGGGUCGACUGUCGAAGGAGGAGAUAGAGAGGAUGGUGAAUGAUGCGGAGAAGUUCCGAGCGGAGGAUGAGGGUCAGCGUGAGAGAGUUGCAGCGAAGAAUGCGCUGGAGAGUUAUGCAUACUCGAUGAAGUCGACAGUGGAGGAGGAGAAGGUGAAGGAGAAGAUACCGGAAGAUGAUAGGAAGAAGAUUGUGGAGAAGUGUGAGGAGACAAUCAAAUGGUUGGAUGGUAACCAGCAGGCAGACAAGGAGGAGUACGAGCAUCGACAGAAGGAGUUGGAGUCGGUGUGCAAUCCGAUCAUCACAAAGAUGUACCAAGCCGGUGGCAUGCCGGGUGGUGAUAUGCCAGGAGGUAUGCCUGGUGGUAUGCCUGGAGCUGGAGCGGGUGCCGGUGGCCGAGGUCCAACCAUUGAAGAGGUCGACUAA